AGUCGGCGCGGGCGGCCUUCCGCGUCGCAGGGGGCGGCGGACAUGAGGCCCGCGGGUCGCCUGGUCACCAUCCGGAGGAGCGGCGACGACGGCGCGCACUUCCCGCUGAGCCUGCGCUCCUGCCUGUUGGGAAGGAGUAUCGAAUGUGACAUUCGCAUCCAGCUCCCGGUCGUGUCCAAGCAGCACUGCAAGAUUGAAGUCGAAGACCAGGGGGUGAUAUUAUAUAAUUUCAGUUCUACAAAUCCAACACAAGUGAAUGGAUCUGCUAUUUGCGAACCUGUGCGGCUUAAACAUGGAGAUGUCAUAACGAUUAUCGACCGUUCUUUCAGGUAUGAAGAUGAAGGUCCCCAGAAUGGGAGAAAGUCACCUGGACUCACAGGAAAGAGACGUGAACAGGAGCAGGCGCGGCGGGCCUCAAGAUCCAGCUUCUCUGCUGACCCUGAUGCAAAAGGUUCUGAUCCCAAAGCCCAGUCAAAUGUCUCUGAAGGAAAUGCUUCAAGGAAAUCUCUCGUGCAUGUCGGGAGACUCAACGACAGUUCUACCUGGGAUGGCUUGGAGGACAGUGAGGGACAUGUGGGACACAAUGACAGAAAUGCAAGAGAGUCCACUACUGGGGUUCUUAAGGAAAAGUCUAGGGUUGCUGUGAACUGUUACAGAGAACGAAAGUCCUGUCCUCCUGUGCGGAGCCUUGACGAAGGCAAGAAAAGUGAGUCUCCCUUUAAGAAGCUUUAUCAGUCAUUGAAGGAUGAACUGGUUACCAAAUCACAAAAGGGAGAAGUUGACAUAAAGUCACAAAACCAAAGUGUUCUACCAUAUCGUAGAAAGUCAGUGCCACCACCUGAUUGUGCCAGAGUAAAAGAAAAGGAGACGCAGCUCUUGCUGUCACGCAAGCCUAGACCAAAGUCUGGUGGAAGUGCCCCUGUGAAGGCUGCCGCUUCGCCUGAGCUAGAAGCCGUCCAGGCUGAGGACCCGGGUGGUGGUGUGCCGUCUGCUCAGCCUUCCGAAGAGGCUCUGAGUGCCAGUCCUCUCAAUGAGAGGGCUGAAGUGAAGACGCCUGUGUGGGGUUCGCAGCCACUGAGGGAUGAUGUCCUUCACGUGACUCACAGCAGAGAGUCUGCAAGACUGGAUGAAAGUGAAGGUACUGGGGUGCCUCACGAGAUACUCACUCCUAAGAAGCUUGUAACUAGAAACCUGACACCCCGGAAAGCUGAAGAUGCCAAACCAGAAAAUACCUCCUCCAGAAAGAGGAGGAGGACUUCUGCCAAGGUGGAAGGGUCUCCUGCUGAGAUUCAAACCCAGGCCCUCUCAGCUCGGCGUCUUGCCCAGUGCGACACGACGGAAAAGGACGCCCUUACCAACCCUGAGAAACUGGGCGCCGCGACAGCGGCGCAGACGUGCUCUGGGUUACCUGGCCUUAUUUCAGUUGAUGUCAGCAACUUUGGAGAUUCUGUUCACAAGAUUGAGGGAGUGUCUUUGAAGAGAAGACGUGUGUCCUUUGGUGGUUGUCUGCAACCUGAAUUAUUUGAUGAAAACUUGCCCCCUAACACACCACUCAAAAGAGGAGAAACACCGACCAAGAGGAGGUCACUUGUCACUCACACUCCUGUCCUAAAGAAAACCAUCAAGGAACAGCCUCUGUCGUCAGGGAAAAAAGAGGCUCCUGGAAUCUGUUUGAAAGUCACGGAUCAGGAAACGUGUGUGGGAACCUCAGUCUCCAGUCCUGGAGUGACCCCAUCAAGGAUGACACAUGACCAGAGACGCAGGUCAGGUAGGGCCUCCCUGGCCUCUGGUGAUAGCAAACCCCCACUUCAGAUGGACUUUGCUAAGAGAGCAGCAAGGAAGAGCAGCAUGUGGCCCUCGCGGAGACUGUCCGUCAGCCGGAGUCAGCAUGACAUCCUACAGAUGAUAUGCUCCAAACGAAGGAGUGGUGCUUCUGAAGCCAACCUGAUCGUUGCAAAGUCCUGGGCAGAUGUUGUGAAGCUCGGCACAAAACAAACACAAACGAAAGUUGUAAAGCAUGGUCCUCAGCGGCAGAUGAGCAAGAGACAAAGACGGCCUAGCACACCCAAGAAGCCCACAAGCAGUGUUCACAAUCAGUUUAGCACAGGCCAUGCAAACUCUCCCUGUACCAUUGUAAUAGGGAAAGCUCAGAUUGAAAAAGUAAACGUGCCUGCUCGACCAUACAGAAUGCUGAACAACUUUGUGUUGAACCAGAAGCUGGACUUCAGUGAAGAUCUGUCAGGGCUGACAGAAAUGUUCAAGACUCCAGCAAAGGAGAAACAGCAGCAGAGAAGGAGCCGGGGCUCCACCCUUCUCUCCAACUCAGAAAAUCUGCUGGGAAGACAUUGUCAAGGAACUAAUUUAGGAGAAAAGCCUCUGCCUGUCGCCUCAGACGUUUUGGACGCAAAUAUGCUCUCCAGUCCUUUGGAUGCAGCAAAGGAGACAUCUGACCAAUAUUUUGCAAGCCCUACCUUAAGACGACGGAGCGUGAAGGAUGGAAACACAGCAACAACUGCUAGAGGCGUCUGUCCAGUGACUCAUCUUGAGAUGAGAACUCCUGAUUCUGUGGCAGAGCCUCUGAAGACAGUGGCUGCUACAAACAGGUUCAGGAGGUCCAGGCAGCUCAGAGAUGCAGAGAUGCCAUCUGUAGAAAGUAAGAGCGUUGGGACAGAAGAAGACCUUGUUGAGGGAUUCACAGGGAGACGCCUACGGAAGACUCCAUUGCAAGGACAGGAAGUGAAGGGAGAGGCACCGGACAGUGAACCGUCAUUACCAAGAUGCAAGGAAAACGUCAAAUCAAAAAGUCCAGAAACGAUAUCUGCUAUGAGGAGAUCAAGAAAUGGGGAGCCAAAAGGUGAAUCUACGGAUUUAUCAGGUAGUCAAGUUGUCCUCAGCAUGCUUGGCUGUGCCCAGGAGCCAGCUCACGGGGAGGAAGUCACCAAACCCCCCAGCGAGUCCUCACAGCCAGAGGCAGUGGGCUCCCCAGAGAGCAGAAGGAGACGGCUCGUGGCCCCUCUGUGGAGUAAGGACGUGAAAGAAGAUCUCUUUGCGUCAGGGAGGCUCACACAAGCCUCGGAGGAGUCUACGUGCACACGCAAGUCACCAAAAAGUGGCACCCCAGUGUGGAAGGGAACUACAAAGCAGAAAGUGUGCUCAGAGGUAGACACAACUGCGAUAAGGCCGAAGCCAAGACCGCUUGAGAAGACCCAGGCUCUAGAAGACCUGGCUGGCCUCAGUGAACUCUUCCAAACACCCAGGCACAAUGAGUCCAGGAGUGAUGAUGAAACCACAGCACCUUGCGGAGCCCCAGAGCCCAGCACGGCCCGGAAGAAAGUGGCUAUGGAGGGAGACCUCUCUGCACCGAAGCAGCUCAUGCACGUGUCCAGGGGAGACUCGCCUAUGCUCAGAGUGCCUGACCAUGAGCACGGCAGAAAUGAAGCUGUGAAGGAAUCUGCAAAGCCAAUACGAGACCCGGCCGCAAGUGCCACCAGCAGUAAGAGGCACAUUGGGGAAGCUACGAAGGCUGAGUUCCUAGAAGACCUGACUGGCUUCCAAGAGCUCUUCCAGACCCCAGGCUGUGGAAAGGAUGCUGGGACUGUUGACAAAACCACAACUAUGCCCUGCAUAUCUCCACAGCAAGGACCAGGCAGAACCCCAAGAAGCACAAAAAGGCUUUCCAAAAUAAGCCUUGGGGAGGUGCAUGUGGGAGCAGAGCUCUCAGCACUUGGGGAACUAACACUGUCACCCGUGGCACCAGCACAGCAGGGGAGAAGCACCCGGGCACUUUUGGAGACUCCAGAGUGUAAGCCAAAGCCCACAGGAAAUUUAACUGGACAUAAACGACAGCCACAGACACCUAAGGACUGGACUCAAUCUCUAGAAGACCUGACUGGCUUUCAAGAGCUCUUCCAAACACCAGGUGUUGCCAAAGACCAAGUGGCCACUGGUGAAAUUAUAGAAAUGUCUUUGAAAUCUCCAGAACCAGUCAGAACCUCAGGAAGCACAACGACACUGCCCAAGAUAAGCCUGGGGAAAGCAGGUGUGAAGAAAGAGUUUUCAGCACUCAGGGAGAUAACACAGUCAGCCAGCACGGCCACUCCCACAGUUCCCAGACAGGAGGAGAGUGGGCUUAAAGCAAGCAUGGAGACUCCAGAGCAGGAACUGGAUCCCUCCCCUAGACGUAGGAGACGGCCACACACUCCUAAGAGAAAGUACCAGCUCCUAGAAGACCUGGCUGGUCUCCAAGAGCUCUUCCAAACCCCAGGCUGUGCCAAUGACCUGGUGACUGUGCACGAAACCCCAAGAAUGUCUUUAAAAUCACAACCAGAACCUUCCAGAACCCCAAGAAACACAAAGAGACUGUCUAAGAAAAGUCUUGGGAAUGUGGAUGUGGGAGAAGAGCUUUCGGCCCCUGGACAAUCACAGUCACAAGGGAAAGUCACACAUACUCCCAUGGAACCAGUGAGCCAGACGAAGGGGACCGAAGCCAUCAUGCAGACUCCAGAACAGAAACUGGAGCCCACAGGGAAUUCAUCUGGACCCAAGAGACGGCCACGGCCACCGAAGGAGAAGGCCCAGCCUCUGGAAGACCUGGUGGGCUUCCAUGAGCUCUUCCAAACACCUGCCCGAGCCAGCCGUCCAGUGGCUGUUGACAAAACACCAAGAUUGUCCUUGAACGCUCUACAACCAGAUCCUGUCCAAACCCCAGCAAGUACAAAGAGACUGUCCAAGAAAAGUCUUGGGCAUGUGGAGGUGGGAGAAGAACUUUUGGGAUAUAGGACACCUCCACAAAUGUCAGGAAAAACCACACAUGCGCGCCAGGGACCAGGUGAGCAUGGAGGCCUUGGAUCGUCUAAGCAGCCUACAAAGCAGAAACUGGACCCAGCAGCCGGGGCACCUGGCAGCAAGAGGCAGCGAUGGACACCUGAGGAACAGACACAGGCCCUAGAGGACCUGACUGGCUUGCAAGAGCUCUUCCAAACCCCAGCCCGUGCCCAGGACCCAGCAACUAUUGAUGAAACUACACAGUUGACCUACAGAUGUCCUCGAACAGAGCCAGUCAUAGCCCCAAGAAGCACAGAGAAACUGCCGCGGCCCAGUUUUGGGAAAGUGAGUGUGGAAGGUGAAGUCCCAGCGUUCAGGAGACAAGGGCAGUCACCAGGCAAAGUCAGGCCCACGCCCACAGGACCGGUCCAGGAGCAAGGGGCAGAAGGCAUUGCUGUCUCUCCAGAACAGAAACGAGAGCCCACAGAAAAUGUAACCAGACAUGAGAGACUGUCACGAACACCUAAGGAAAAGUCCCAACCUCUAGAAGACAUCACUGGCUUCCAAGAGCUCUUCCAAACACCAGGCCAUGCCAGUGACCCAGCGACUGUUGACCCAACACCAAAGAAGGCUCCACAGUCAGAACCUGUGAGAACCUUGCCACACACAAAGAGACUGUCUAAGGCAAGUCUGGGGAAUGUGGAAGCACCAGUGAGGCUGCCUGCGCAGAAUAAGCCGCUGCGUGCAUCAGAGGAGAUCACGCUCACACCCAGGCUUCCAGAAGGUGAUGGCAGAGGAAGCACGGAUCCGAAGGAGCCCACACCUCCGACGCUGGACCCAGCAGUCCGUGGAACUGGCAGCAAGAAGCAGCGAGGGGCACGCAAGGAAAAGGCCCAACCCGCGGAAGACCUGGCUGGCUUCCAGGAACUUUUCCACACACCCCGCCAUGGCGAGGAGUCAGUGACAGCUGACAAGACCAUGGAGAUGCCUGUAAUCCCCAAGAGGCAACCCAGGACAAGUUUGCGGAAAGUUCAUGAAACGAAAGAACCAUCAGACUUCGAGGUGCUCCCACCACCAUCAGGAAAAGCCACAGGCACAUCCAGGGUGCCGGGUGAGCACAGAGGCCUUGGAUCGUCUAAGCAGCCUACAAAGCGGAAACUGGACCCAGCAGCCGGGGCACCUGGCAGCAAGAGGCUGCGACGGGCACCUGAGGAACAGACACAGGCCCUAGAGGACCUGACUGGCUUGCAAGAGCUCUUCCAAACCCCAGCCCGUGCCCAGGACCCAGCGACUAUGGCUGGGACCUCAGAGGUCCGUGAAGCUCCAGAAGCAGUGGAGACGUCCACCUGGAGUCGCAGGGCCCGGCUCAGGACAGUGGACGUGGGAGGAGAGUGCCCCGUGCGCACGGAGCGGUCAGGAACAUCACGGGAAGCUAGGAGCAGGCGCAGAGAGCAGAAAGAGGAGCCGGCAGCAAGUGUGACUGGCAGGAGGAGGCCACCGAGAGCACUGGAGAAGGUCCAGCCCCCAGGACAGCAGGCUAGCCCCAAGGAGCUACCCCAAACACCAGACCUCCAUGAGGAGUCAGCAAGUCAUGAGAAAACCACAGAAAGGCCUUACAAAUAUCUGCAGCCAGAACAAAGGGACAGCCCGGCUGCCUCGAAGAGGCCACUCAGGAUGAGAGUCUGUAAGGUGGACAUGAAGGAAGAGCCCGCAGCACAGAGAAAACCGUCAGGCAGGGACACCAGGAACGCGCACAGAGAGCCCACAGGCAAUGGUCCGAGUGACCCGGAGCCUAAGCAGUCUACAAAGCGGAAACUGGACCCAGCAGCAAGCGCACCUGGCCGCAAGCGGCUGCGACGGGCACUCAAGGAAGAGAGGCAGCUCCCAGAAGACCUGGCUGGUUCCAGUGGACCAAUCCAUACCCCUGGUCACACUGAAGAGUCACUGAACGAUGAUAAACCCAUUCCGGUGGCUCAUAACUCUUCACGGCCAGAAAAGGUGGGCAGCCCAACUGCCUCACCACGCCCCAGGACGAGACGUGCCAAAGCAGAUGUGCAAGAAGAGCCUGGGGCAGCGAGGAAGACGGUGAGAGCGUCAAGGCGAACCGUGCGCUCCCGCCAGGGCCCCGAGGCUGGUGAUCAAGGCAUCCAAGCCCCGAAGGAAGCAGCAAAGCUCACACUGGACACGGGGGCAAGUGUGACGGGUGGCAGAAGGCGGCUAAGAACACCUAAGAAAGCGGCUCAGCCUCCGGAAGUCCCGGCCGCCUCCAGAGAAGUCAUCCAGAUAUCAGGUCACACUGAGCUAUUAAAUAAUGAUUCUCAGAGCCUCAACACUCCAGAGCAAAUGCCUGACCGAGUGAGGCCCCUGAGAGCCAGGAGAAGAGUCCUGAGGGCUCCUAAAGGGAGCCCCGUGGAAGUCCCAGUGGACUCCAGAGCCCCCUCAGCAUCUCACAGCAACACUUCCCAGACCGUCACAAGGACAUCUGCUAGAGAUGGACGUGUCUCCAGAACCAGGGGCCUGCGCUCUGUGGCCCCAGUGCAGGAAACAGCAGAUGAGAAGCCCAUCUGUAGGACCCAGAGGACUGCUCCCAGUGAGAGACACCUGUCCCCAGAGCCCCCGAAGAUGAAACAGCUGAGAAUCGUGACGAGAAGAAUUGAGCUUGCGGAGGAGCUGAUCAGCAACAGCUUGAAAAGUAAAGGAAGGAAACCCAAGGAAGAAGAGGUGGUCAUUCCAGAUCAGAAAAUAUCCCUACGCUCCAGACGCCAAAAUACAACCAACACAGAGCAGCAAAAAGCUGAGGUUGUCGUAUCAGCAGAGAAGACUGAGUUAAAGAGAAACAGGAAGAAGCCCACGAAGCCCCCCCAGGAGACGGAGUUACAAAACGCAGGCGAGGAGGCCAAGACAUCCACAUCAAGGGGGAACGUCAGAGGGAGGCGAAUUUGCCUGAGAUCUGGGGGUCAGAGGGAGGUCUCCCAGCCACCAGCAGUGGAGGAGAAAGCACCUAAAAAAAGUGUAGUGAUCCCAGGGAAGAGUCAGAACGAGAAAGGAGUCACCAGAGAUACAGAUGGAAGGUCUUUGAGGUCUCGAAAGACUGGAGUCCAGCCCAGAGGACGCACUUUGGACAGUGAGCCUGAGCCGAGAUUCACCCGAGCUGCCAGGAAAGGUGCCGAAAACCCAAAGAAGGAUAAGGACAGUGAAUGCACCAAGAAAUUAAGAACAAGAAGUCAUCGGGACAGUUAAGGUGUUUAGUAUCAGUAAUUAAGGGAAAUAACAAAAAACUUGGUUCACUGAUGAAUUCUACUGUUUUUACCAUCUGUGUACAAGCAUACUUUGUAAAUACUGAUUUCUGUGUGUAAGGGAGAAAACGUGGAAUUUUCUGUGUUGUACUGUCUUCAAAAGCCCACAUGGAAGCACUAGGGGCUGUCUGGAAUCUGGGGUAGUACCAGUUUAGAAGCUGGGCGGUGGGAAAGGGGCGGCGCUCCCUCCCUACUGUCUAACUAUAAAGCCUGGAGUUCAACGCC